AAACUGUGCACUAAUUAAAGUCCUAAAGACAUGGCAUCAUCACUAAUUGCUUGGCUGGUCUAAAUAAAAACACAAAUUACAACCCUCACUUUAAAUAAUUCUCUACGUACUCUCUAUGCAUGGCAUGCAUGCAUGAGAUUUAUUACAUCUUUCGUUCACGUUUAAUUAUUUAUUUACACCCAUCUCUAAAAAAUAAAAAGUAAAAAAAUUAAAGUAAAAACAAACUAAAGAAGGCAAAAAUUGAGAGUGAUGGCACUUUCUUCUGAUAAAUUGGUUGCAUCUGUGUUCCUCUUUCUUGUGCUGCUUUCUGCUCCUGAGAUGGGUGGAAUAAAGAUGGGAGAAGGGAAGAAAUGCUUCGGCAAGUUUGGAGGAUGUUGGGCGGAGGCUGCUUGUGCUGCCGCCUGCCAAACCCAGGGAUACGCCGCCGGAAAAUGCUCCACCGUCCUCCGCCAUUGCUGCUGCCACUGAUCCGGCCACUUAUCAACACCUACCUACCAUGCAUGCGUCAAAGCCACCUCUCUUCCCAAUUUUAAUUUAUUCAUCAGUUCUUAAUUAAAUGUAGACAUUCCAUCCAAUUGGCAUAAAUAAGUAAUUCUGUU